GAAGUAGGAUUGGUAACGAGUUUUUAUUGUUCCUUGUGUGGAGUAAAGAAAGACAUACUGACUAAACUAAAUAGGCUACCCAACUCUAAUUGUAUUGAAAUGUCUAAACUACAGAUGUUGUGUGUGUUUUUAAAUGAGCGUUUAACGGCGGCUGCUUUGGAGAUUUUUGGGGCAGUUGAGAAAACGGUAGUAGAGUACCAGGAGGAGAAUGAUCGGCUACGGAGACUUCUGCGGAGGACACCAGAGAUACAACAAUGUCGAAUAGUCCCUCCAGAACCCCUGCAGCUCUCUGUCUCUGAAGAGGAGGUUCCCCCUGAGCAGCAGGAGUGGAGCCCCAGUCUGGGGCAGAAGGACCCAGAGACCACACAGAUUAAAGAGGAACAGGAGGAAGUCAGGACCAGUCAGGAGGAAGAGCAGCUUCAAGGGGUGGAGCCUGAUGUCAUAGAGUUCAUAUUUACUCCUUCCUGUGUGAAAAGUGAAUGUGAUCUGGAGGACCCACGUCAAGAACCCAUACUUGCUGAACACCCAACUCUCAGUCCACUGAAAAUGUCUAAACUACAGUCGUUUCGAGAGUUUUUAAAUGAGCGUUUAACGGCAUCUGCUGCUGUGGAGAUUUCCAGGGAAUUUGCGAAAGCAGUAGCAGAGUACCAGGAAGAGAAUGAUCGGCUACGGAGACUGCUGCGGAUCACACCAGAGAUAAAACUAUGUAGAAUAGAAUCCCUGCAGCUCUCUGUCUCUGAAGAGGAGGUUCCCUCUGAGCAGCAGCACUGUGAGCAGGAGUGGAGCCCCAGUCUGGGGCAGGAGUACCCAGAGACCAUACAGAUUAAAGAGGAACAGGAGGAAGUCAGGACCAGUCAGGAGGAAGAGCAGCUUCAAGGUCUGCAGCCUGAUAUCAUGAAGUUCAUAUUCACUCCUUCCUGUGUGAAAAGUGAAUGUGAUCAGGAGGACCAAACCAAGACUGUGGAGAACAGAGAGAGUGACUCUAAACCAGUGGAUCUCAAACCUUUUGUCACUGUCACCCACAUUAAGGGUCUCAACAUUCCCUGUGACCCUCCAGAUAAUCAAAACAAUGCCUCCAGCCACAGUUCAGCUGUAAGCAGUGACACAGUAGGACUUGACAGCAGCCCACCAUUGGAUCCCAGCCCACCAUUGGAUCGAAACCCACCAAUGGGGGAACAUUGUUCCAAACCCAGCACCAUGUCUAGAACAACGUACCACUGCAGUGACUGUGGUGAAGCGUUUGCUCUGGAAGCUGACCUGCAGAGACAUGUGACUCUCACCAAGAAGAGACUCAGUGAAUGCAGCUUUUGCAAAAAAAGCUACAACUCUACCUGUCAACUGAAGGCCCAUGUCCGACUCUGUCACGGUGGGAAACCCUGCACCUGCCCUGUUUGUGGAAUGACCUUCAAACACAAAGGAGCUCUGUCCAAUCACAUGAGGAUUCACACAGGAGAUAAAUCAUUUAGCUGUGGUGACUGUGGGAAAAGAUUCAAUCGGAAGAUGAGCCUAACUGAACAUAAACUGACUCACACAGGAGAGAAACCAUUUAGCUGUGUUGAUUGUGGGAAAAGCUUCAAUCGGAAAGGUCACCUAACCAUACACAAACUGACUCACACGGGAGAGAAACCAUUUAGCUGUGGUGACUGUGGGAAAAGCUUCAAUCGGAAGGGGCACCUAACCAUGCACAAUCUGACUCACACAGGAGAGAAACCAUUUAGCUGUGGUGACUGUGGGAAAAGCUUCAAUCGGAAGGGGCACCUAACCAUGCAUAAACUGACUCACACAGGAGAGAAACCAUUUAGCUGUGGUGACUGUGGGAAAAGCUUCAAUCGGAAGGAACAUCUAACCAUGCAUAAACUGACUCACACAGGCGAGAAACCUUUUAGCUGUGGUGACUGUGGGAAAAGCUUCAAUCAGAAAGGGGACCUAAGGAGGCACAAACUGAUUCAUACAGGAGAGAAACAACAUGGCUGCUCCUUCUGUGGUAAAGGAUUCACUCAGAAGACAAAUCUUCUGAGGCAUGUAGACAAAGUCCACAAAGGAAUAAAACAGGACAGAAACUGAAAGAAGGGGAAAGGGGGAUACCUAGGUAGUGUUCCAACUGAAUGCAUUCCACUGAAAUGUGUCUCCCGCAUUUAACCCAACCCCUGUGAAUCAGAGAGGUGCUGGGGGGCUGCCUUAAUCGACAUCCACGUUGUCGGCGCCCGGGGAUCAGUGGGUUAACUGCCUUGCUCAUGGGCAGAACGACAGAUUUUUACCUUGUCAGCUCGGAGAUUCGAUCCAGCAAACCUUUCGGUUACUGGAAAGAACAUUAGGACAAAGAGAUUGUCUGGGGAAAAAUAAUUAAUGGCAAUAGGAAAAAGAAACAUAUCAAAUACUUAGGAUGCUUAAUGAAUGACAACAAACAACAAAUAUAUAAAGAUGCCUUUAUACCAUUACUCAACUAUAUGAAAGUAGAUCUAAUUCAAUGGAAUAAUCUUCCUGUAAAUCUUACAGGUAGAAGAAACCUCUUCAAAAUUGCAAGGCUCCUAAAGGUUUUGUAUUUAUUUUUGGUAAUACCAAUUACCCAACCGAAGAAAUUAUUUGGAAAAGUAUACUGGGUCAUAAGUCUGUAUAUGAUCACGAUACAGCCACAUGAUUGGUCAGUGGGGGAGUGGGGUUAGAGCCACAUGUGAUUGGUCAUAAGUCUGUAUAUGAGCAAAUAGAAUAAAAAAGUUUCCAUCUUCCUGAGUCUGGAGGUGGUUUUACCUUCCUGA